AGGAGGGUGCGCGUGUGUUUGCGAGUGAGAGAAGAGAGCGAGCGAGCUGCAGUCGAAACUGGAAUCUAUCGCCACUUCAUUACUACUCUAAAAUGCUUUAGUACCGUAUCUUUGCUCGCUGUCAUUCAUCCGCGCUGUCAGUCACAGAUCAAUCAGUCACGCGGGAUCCGUCAGUUCAGGUCUAAAAAGUAAGAGGCUCACCUGAAGGCCCAAGAUGCCAGAACAGAGCAACGACUACCGCGUGGUGGUGUUUGGAGCAGGAGGAGUGGGGAAGAGCUCGCUGGUGCUGCGCUUCGUGAAAGGCACAUUCCGGGACACCUACAUCCCGACGGUGGAAGACACGUACCGGCAGGUGAUCAGCUGCGACAAGAGCGUCUGCACUCUACAGAUCACCGACACCACCGGCAGCCAUCAGUUUCCUGCCAUGCAGCGGUUGUCCAUCUCCAAAGGCCACGCCUUCAUCCUGGUCUACUCCAUCACCAGCAAGCAGUCCCUUGAAGAAUUAAAGCCCAUAUACCAGCAGAUCCUCGCUAUCAAGGGCAACAUGGAGAACAUCCCCAUCAUGCUUGUGGGCAACAAGAGCGACGAGACUCAACGGGAGGUGAAGACGGAUGAUGGAGAUGCCCAAGCCAAGACCUGGAAGUGUGCUUUCAUGGAGACCUCGGCUAAAACCAACCACAACGUCACCGAGCUGUUCCAGGAGCUGCUCAACCUGGAGAAGAAGAGGAACAUGAGUUUAAACAUCGACGGCAAGCGUUCCGGGAAGCAAAGCAGGGCCGACAAGCUGAAGGGUAAAUGCAGCGUCAUGUAGACGGAAGACGGCGAUGGAGUGAUAAAAUGACAAAGGAACUGGAGAUAGCAUUUAACUCAUCGUGCUUAUUUCCAGCAACAAGCAUUUGGCUCUGACACCCUUGAUUUCAUCCCGCUCCAUCAGUCUUGGCCUUAACAAGCACUGCUCCAUUCAUUCGGCCUUGUCUGUUUCUAUUACAGUGCAUCUUAUUCACCAUUUACAUUCUACAUCAAGAGAACGCUACAUCUGGUUUCAGACAAACGCAAUAGCCUUUUAAAAAAAACUGAAUUGUGCUAUUUUGCAUUGUUUUUCUUUUAUUAAAUGCCUACAAAACCAAACGGUUAAAGCAGAGUUUGGCUUUAACAUGGCGGUGAGGUCAAGAGUCAGACAUGAUUUUGCAUAUGUAGCAACUAAAGUUAAAGUCUAUAUUUAUUCAUGAAAAUUAUUUAAACAUACUCUGUUAUUAUUAAAUUUGACAGCGGUAAAAAUAACAGUAAAAUACUUUUUUUUAAAUAUUGCUGAUAUACAACAGGUUAUUGGUUAGAGAAAGUGUCACACACUUUUUUAUUAUAUUUUAUAUUGUUAUAUACAGCAAAAUCGCCGGUGUUAAAAAUG